AGUCAUAUAUCAUUGAUCUUUUGUUGAGAUUCAUGUGGGUUUUUUUUUUCCUUUUUCUUUUUCAUUUUAUGCUUGAUUUAGUCACUCAGAUGUGCAAUAAUUAUGUCACAUCUAGAUGUGGCCUAAACACACCUUUAGAUAUAAUCGCAUCGUUUUCGUUUGCAAAGUUUUCCCUCUCCGAGGAAGAGUUUCCUUCUAGAGUUGGGCUCUUCAUGUACCAACUUUGUAAAGAUUUAAGUUGCAAUUAUACCCCUUCACCAGUGAAGGAAACUCUUCGACACCAAGUAUGAGUGAAAGCUCUUCGACGCCGGCCGGGGUAAUGGAAUACUGUUCAAUGUCGUCCUAAUAAAUGACAAUGAUGUAAUCUUGUGAGUCAGCCAAUCAAUCAAUCAAUCAAUCAAAUAUUUUAUUUAUCGUCUUCAUAGUGUAGUUUCCCUCGAGCUUAAGCGACUGUAUGACAGACACCUCGCUCUGGAUAGAAACAAGUCCUUGCAAUCAAACUAUGCAGACACAAUCAGAGCGGCGUCCUGAGAUGCCACUGUCACUACACCUGUCUUUGGGUGCUGUGGAAGAAUAGCUACUGCCGCUACUGCUCAUGCAAGUGACCUGACCUGACCAUGGUGACCCAUCUUUUCGUUUGCCCAACUGAAGCACCAUCAAGCACCCAUCCCUGAAAAUUUGCAAGGAAGGAUUCCAUCUGAAACCCACAAAUCAUGACACCCCCUUGGCUGUUCCGUCCACGGCUCCUCACACAGUCACGCUUCACGUACGUCCAUCGCCACGCAUUUGAUGUUCACCGCGGUUAGGUAGCCCAUGCAGAUGGCUUCCAUUUCCAUGCCAUGCCCCCAUGCAUCCUUGCUGAUGGUGACUCGAUCGCCUAUAUAAGAGAAGGACAGUGUUACCGUGGCCUCACCUGCACCGGUAAGUAACUGGUGGCAAGUGACAGUGUAACAUCACAUCACGCAGUGACAGUAUUUGCCAGAGCAUGAAGACGUCCUGCUUCCUGGUCGUGCUUCUGCUCGCCGUCGCCACGGGGAGCAGGCUCUCGCUGGCCGCCCGCGAGGACGGCACCCUGGGCGGCGAGCUCAUCGCCAAGGCCGGCAACUUCCUCACCUCGGCGGGCCGCCCGGGCGCGGACGGCUGGCACUCCGCCGCGGCCGCGGAGGUGGACGCGUCGGCGAAGAAGGCGCACGGUCAUCCGGCGGGGGCGAGGAAGCGGCUUAAGAAGGCGUCCGUGAGCUGCAUCCCCGCCGACAUGUGCCGGAGGAAGAAGGUGCUGUGCGGCAAGCGGUGCUACAAGACGGCGCACGCCGCCGCCGCCGCCGGCGGCCUCACCCACGUCCCCUCCAACCGGUGCGUCGUGAGGUGCAAGAAGUGCGUGCCCACCUGCUAGACGCGUGCACGCACGCUCCUUCCCUUGCCGUUCCGCGUUCCGUGCCGUGCCGUGUCGUGGUAGAUCCAUGCAUGUUACUCCUACGUAGCUACAUUUGCACCAGUUGAAUAAGCAGGCUGGCUUCCCGCCAUCAUGCAUGCAUGCACCAUGCAGUAUAGGUAGUGAACGGGUUCUACUCUAAAGGAAACGCGCCACAAUUGUUUGCCAAGACUGGACGAUGUGAUCCCAUCUCAUCCCAUCUUCUCCACUGGCGAUGAACAGUUUCCUGCACGUGACAGUGCCGAUCGAUCCCACGUAGGUAGAGAAACGAAACCGUCAAGCUUUGGCGAUCGUACGUUCAGCGCAGCUUUCCGAGACGCAAAAGUCAUGUGGUCAUGCGGUUGUAGGGCAUGGCGAUUCCGGCAUCAUGACGACGACUGUGGCCUGUGUGGGGAUGAGGGAGACCUCAACCUGAACGAACCAACUGUUGUAGUGUACCAGCACGAUAUUAUCGUCACGUGUUGUGGA